AUGGCACGCGGUCCUGCAAGAAUUCAAGCGCAGCAGAAAGCACAGAAAAAGGCAGAAGCCCAACGAAAGUCACAACCUUUCGAUCACAAAGCAGCGGCACAGAAAUCUUUGAUCUACAAGUGCACCGUAUGUAUGACGCAAAUGGUGAAUUUGAAAUCGUACAAGCAGCACUUCGAAAGUCGCCACCCGGAUACACCCCUACCACAGGAGUUGGCUGAACUGCAGAAUUGA